AUGGCCGUUAUGGAUAUAUACCCUAUGGAAGAUGAGAUACUUAGCUUAGAUAAUGAUAAGAAAUGUAACAUCUGUGAUAGAUUAUUUUCAAAUGUGUCAGCAUUACGACUUCAUCGAGUGAAAACUCAUAAAAUAGUAGAAUCAAUCGAAGAUAAAAGAAUAUUUUACAAAUCAACUGAUGGCCAAGCCAGAACAUUUGUGUUUCACUGUCCUGUGCAGAAGUGUAGAGAACGUAAAGUUAAGUUUCAAGGUAUGCGAAACCUUAAACAGCAUUAUUUACGGGUCCAUACCGAAAAAACGUUGGUAUGCGAAUGUGGAACAAGGUUCUCUUUACAAAAAGAUUUUGCUUAUCAUAAAAAGUCAAGAUGCCUCUCCCGAGAUUUACGUAGGUUUUUAUCAAUUUAUUAUUGUGAAAGCUAUAUGGGCGGGGUGCCUGUGUACUGA